AAUUAAUCAAUUAAUCGAAGGUCUAUCCUGGCUGCAAAGUAUCAAAGUAUCAAAUCGUGAAAAGUCCAUGAUAUAACAAAAUCACCCGCCGAGGCAGACACGACAUACGCACCUUGUCGUCGCUCGCUGUUUACCUUGCAUGGCACCACUCUUAUCGUCUCCCCUGCUGCAGACCCUUCUCGCCCUCGGCCUGUGCGCGGCCCAGACUGCAUCAGCAUCAGCAUUAGCAUCACCAGCAGCAGCAGCACGGACCGUGACCUAUGACUUCAACAUCUCGUGGGUAGCUGCCAGCCCCGAUGGCUUCAGCCGGCCGACCAUCGGCGUCAAUGGCCAGUGGCCGCCUCCCACCAUCAGCGCCGACCUGGGCGACACGGUCGUGGUCAACGUGGUCAACGCGCUGGGGAACCAGUCCACCUCUCUGCACUUCCACGGCCUGUUCAUGAACGGGAGCACCGAGCUCGAUGGGCCUGCUCAGGUCAAUCAGUGCCCCAUUCCGCCCGGAUCCUCAUUUACGUAUCAGUUCAAGGCUACCCAGCCUGGCCUCUACUGGUACCACUCCCACGUCCAGGGCCAGUACCCCGACGGCCUGCGCGCACCGCUGCUCAUCCGCGACCCGGACCAUCCCUACCGCGGGCAGUAUGACGACGAGGUGCUGCUGUCCGUCUCGGACUGGUACCACGACCAGAUGGCGGUCCUGAUCCCGCAGUACCUGCACGGUGGGAGCAUGAUGUCGCAGGAGCCCGUGCCGGACGCCAACCUGCUCAACGAUACCCAGGGCCUCCGCAUCGCCGUCGUGCCCGAGCGGACGUACCUGGUGCGACUGGUCAACAUGGCCGCGUUUGCGGGCCAGUACUUUUGGAUCGAAGGCCACUCGGUCAGGAUCGUCGAGGUGGACGGCGUCUACACCAAGCCCGCCGAGACGGCCAUGAUAUUUCUCUCCUCGGGCCAGCGGUGCAGUUUCCUCGUCACUACCCUGGCCGGUCGGGACAGGAAUUAUCCCCUGGUUGCUUCCAUGGACCCGAGCUUGACCAAGAUACGCAAUAGUGCAAGUCAGAACGCGACAGCAUGGCUGGUCUACGCCCCCGACCAACCGCUGCCACAGCCUCAGAUCAUUGACGAGUUCGAUCCCUUGGACGAUGUCACAUUAGAGCCGUACGAUGAGAUGCCUUUGCUCCCUCAGCCGGACCAGAGCAUCGUUCUGAGCCUUGGAAUGUCACACGCUGGUGGCAUCAAAUGGUUCUUCAACUCGACAAGAUACACAGCCCCGGAAAUCCCAUCACUAUACACAGCCUUGUCCAGUGGGCCAUCCGCAACGAACCACUCCAUCUACGGCUCCACCACCAACCCGUUCGUCCUGCAGCACAACUCGGUCGUCGAGAUCAUCCUCUAUAAUCACCACAUGGUUCGUCACCCUUUCCAUCUGCAUGGCCACAAUUUCCAAGCCGUCUACCGCUCCCCGAAGAAGGCAGGCAGCUUUUUCGACAGCGGCCUGGUCGAGGGUGACUUCCCGAGGACCCCGAUCAGGCGGGACACUCUCUUACUGGAAAACGGAGGCUUCAUGGUCCUAAGGUUCAGAGCCGACAACCCUGGCGUCUGGCUCUUCCACUGCCACAUGGAGUGGCACGUAGAAACAGGCUUGGUUGCGACCUUCGUCGAGGCGCCGCUAGAGUUGCAGGAGCAACACAGGGACCGCCCACUGCCCGCGCUCUCGUGUGGCUCGCCAGACAGCCACGAACACGAGGAGGAUGCGGGUGUGCCUGAAGAGGAGCACGAAACCAGUCCGGAAUCCCAGGAAAGCAAAAAGGCUGGCAGAAGCUCCACGAUCUCCACCGCGGUGUUGGUGAUGGUUGUUUUCAUCGUUGCAAUGGCCGGUCUCGCUUUCACCGUGCAGCUCCGCAUCAAGAAGAGGCGGUCCGGAUCGACCAAGCAAAACACAGCGGCACCCAACGCCAAUCUUCAGGUCGAACAAGAGCGCCUCCUGGAAAGUUCCACAAGCUGGGAAAGUAUGGACGUCUUUGACGAGGGCUCGGUCAUUGAGUCUGCGAAGCCGCCCCUAGAUUUGGAAGAGAUGGGCAGGGGAAGCCGAUGAUAAUAAUGGCGCCGAAACGACCUGCAAGCGCACGCUCACCCCCUCCUACCUCGUCCUGGCUGUUGAACCGUGCUGUACAAAAGAAUUUUUGCUGUAACUGGACGUUUCCGCCUCCAUGGCUUUUCUUCUCACCUCAGUGAUUGUUGGGGCUGUUGGUUAUGAUGGACAUAUAUUGUAUUCGUACCAUGUUUUCAUGUCUGGAGCUUUCCACAAAACAAAAAGACACAUGUAUACGUGGGACCUAGUCGAAAGAUAGAUCCACCGGAUGCUUGAUUCUUGAAGCGACCGCCUCACUAACCGCUUUGGAAAAUAUGCCCAACCCGCAACUCGAUGUCCACCUUCCUGGCAAGAGCGGCUU